GUCUCGGCUGGGGACGCGCGGGGCAGGGGCGCUCCGAGGCCGAGGGGCCGGGGCAGCUGCGCGCCUGCCCGGGGCGAGCGGGGGGGCCUGGCGCCCGGGGGAAGCGACGGGGCCAGGGAGAGGCGCCCGCCCGCCCGCGCCGUGUCGCGCCAUGCCAUGCCAGGCCCGCGCAUUGGCGGCGGCCGCCCCAGCCGCAGCCAGCAGGGCCAGCCAGGCGCCGCUCGCUGGCCGCCCGCCGGGGGGAGGGGUCCGGCUGAUGCGGUCGCGGCGGAGCCGGAGCUGCCUGGCGCGGCGAGAGCAGCAGCAGGCGCGGCCGGGGGCGGAAGUCCUUUGUUGCAGCGCAGCGGCGGGAGGCGGCCGCGCCAGCGAGAGCGCCUGGGCCCCGCGCAGCCCCGGCUCGGCCCGGGCAGUGACUUAAGGCCAAGAUGGCAAGAACCAGCCACAGCAAUUAUGUCCUGCAGCAGCUCAACAACCAAAGAGAGUGGGGCUUCCUCUGCGACUGUUGCAUUGCUAUCGAUGACAUUUACUUCCAGGCUCACAAAGCGGUCUUGGCUGCCUGCAGCUCUUACUUCCGGAUGUUUUUCAUGAGCCAUCAGCACAGCAUGGCCCAGCUGAAUCUGAGCAACAUGAAGAUCACAGCCGAAUGCUUCGAUCUCAUUUUACAGUUUAUGUAUUUAGGGAAAAUCAUGACGGCCCCAGCCAACUUCGAGCAGUUUAAGUUGGCGAUGAGCUCUCUGCAGCUCUACAACGUGCCGGAAUGUUUAGAAGACAUCCAAGAUACCCACUCGCCCAGCUUGCGGUGCUCCUCUUCCGCUUCCAGCUCUCAGAAUAGCAAGAUGAUCUUCGGUGUGCGGAUGUAUGAAGACACACCAGCUAGAAACGGGAGUGAAGCAAACAGGUGGGGUGUGGAGCCGCCAAGUUCAACGGUCAGCACGUCCCAUAGUAGGGAGGCUGACGAGGAAGCUUUGCAGCUGAGCCGUUUCCCCGAGCAACUCUUGGAUGGUUGGAAAAGGAGUACUGUGCCCAAGCUCUCCAGCACCAAAGACCGGGUGUCCAACUCUCGGCGCUUUGGAAGAAGUUUCACCUGUGACGGUUGUGGCUUCAGUUUCAGCUGCGAAAGGCUAUUGGACGAGCACAUCAUGUCAUGCACUAACAGGCAUUCCUAUCAGAACUCCAAGUAUUAUGGGGCUGAAAAAAAUGACUUCAGCGAGGGAGAGUCUGCUUCUAAAACACCGUCUUCUCAAUCGGACAAACAUAAAGGAAACACGAGCCAAGGCGAGGAUGGGUCUUUAUCUCCAGCCUCCAAUGUCACAAGCCGAAAAGGCAGUGCUGUCUCAUUGGAACCUUCGAGCGAAGAGCGAAGCAGAGCCACAGAGAGGAAAAGAAUUAUCGUCAAGAUGGAGCCAGCCGACAACCCGAUUGAUGACCUGAAAGAGUUUAACAUCAUUAAAGUGACAGAUGGCAACGAAUCCACCGACAAUGAUGAGCUCGAUGAUGACGAGACGGUUUACAGGUACUACAUUGAGGAAGAGGUCAAUGAAAACAGGAGGGUAAGAAAAGCUCUCUUAAAAGCCCAAGUGCCUACUGACGAAGAAGAUAAGAAAUACAUGAGAAGUACGAGACUCCUGAAUAACAAAGUCAGUGCUGCUAAGGAGGAUUCCGAAAACGCGUCCUGCGAACUGUGCGGGCUGACAAUCACAGAAGAGGACCUCUCUUCGCAUUACUUAUCCAAACACAUAGAGAAUAUAUGCGCAUGUGGGAAGUGUGGUCAGAUAUUAGUCAAAGGCCGGCAGUUGCAGGACCAUGCGCAGACAUGCGGAGAACCCCAAGACCUGACAACGAAUGGUUUAAGAAAUAACGAGGAGAAACUUGACUUGGAAGAAAACUCAGAGGAACAAUCCGAAAUGCGAGAGAUGAUGUACGUGGACAUGCUGGAUGAGUUUGGAGAUGGCCAUUUCCAGAUGAACAGUCUUCCGAAAAAACAGCUGUACAGAGAGUCCGCCUGCCCUUUUCGGUGUCCUAACUGCAGCCAACGUUUUGAAACAGAAAGCUUAGUGGUUGAGCACAUGUCCAGCUGCCUAGAGCAAGAUCUGUUCAAGAAUGCCAUGAUGGAAGAGAAUGAAAGGGAUCAUCGCCGCAAACAUUUCUGUAGCCUUUGUGGGAAAGGAUUUUAUCAGCGCUGUCACUUGCGGGAACACUAUACUGUGCACACCAAGGAAAAACAGUUUGUUUGCCAGACGUGCGGGAAGCAGUUUCUACGAGAACGCCAGCUGCGUCUUCACAACGACAUGCACAAAGGCAUGGCCAGGUACGUCUGCUCCAUUUGUGACCAGGGAAACUUUCGGAAACAUGAUCACGUGAGACACAUGAUAUCCCACCUGUCAGCCGGAGAGACUAUCUGCCAGGUCUGCUUUCAGAUUUUCCCCAAUAAUGAACAAUUGGAACAACAUAUGGAUGUUCACCUCUACACCUGUGGUGUUUGCGGAGCUAAAUUUAAUUUGAGAAAAGACAUGAGAUCUCACUAUAAUGCUAAGCAUUUGAAACGAACAUAAGCGCCAAACGAAUCAUUGAGCACAAAACAGAGCACCAAAGCAAGCCGCCGGUAUCGUGGAAAUGAAAUUAAACAGCACAUCAUCAUUUAGCAUCUUUAAAGUACCUUGAUAAACCAACAUUGAAAAGCGCCAAUUUUUUUCACUCUUUGCCUCAUGUCAGUUUAUUUCUUUUCCUUCUUGCUUUCGAAUCAAAUCAUUCUUUUUUAAAUGCUGGAUUUUAAAGGCUCACUGUCGUGUUACUCCCUCACUGACUUUUAUUAAACAGCUUUUUGGUUCCACUGA